AUGGUGCAGGACAGCGGCAUGUCACGCACACCUUACAGCUCCAGCCAAGACAUCCAAAUGGAGGUCUUAGACAACCCUGGCCUCCAGGGGAAGUAUAGCAAAAGGAAGAACCGCUUCAAACGCUCUGAUGGCAGCACCUCUUCUGACACAACGUCAAACAGCUUCGUUAGGCAGGGUUCUGCUGAGUCCUAUACCAGUCGCCCAUCUGAUUCUGAUGUGUCCCUGGAGGAAGACCGUGAAGCCCUGCGCAAAGAAGCAGAGCGUCAAGCAUUGGCACAGCUGGAGAAAGCCAAGACCAAGCCGGUAGCAUUUGCUGUGAGGACAAAUGUGGGCUAUAAUCCUUCUCCCAAUGAUGAUGUGCCAGUCCAAGGCAUGUCUAUUUGUUUUGAACCCAAAGACUUCCUUCAUAUCAAAGAGAAAUAUAACAAUGAUUGGUGGAUCGGACGUCUGGUCAAAGAGGGUUGUGAAGUGGGCUUCAUCCCAAGCCCAGUCAAACUAGAGAACAUGAGGGUACAACAGGAAUUUAAGAUGAGACAACAUCGGCUCAGUUCUAGUAAAUCAGGAGACAACUCCACUUCCAGCCUGGGAGAUGUGGUGACAGGUCCCCGGAGACCCACCCCACCUGCUAGUGCCAAGCAGAAGCAAAAAUCGACAGAGCAUGUGCCACCAUAUGAUGUAGUUCCUUCCAUGCGGCCAAUCAUUCUUGUAGGCCCGUCUUUGAAAGGAUAUGAGGUGACAGACAUGAUGCAGAAAGCCUUGUUUGAUUUCUUGAAACGCCGAUUUGAUGGCAGAAUAUCCAUCACACGUGUGACUGCUGAUAUCUCUCUGGCUAAGCGCUCAGUCCUCAACAAUCCUAGCAAACACACCAUCAUUGAGCGCUCCAGUACCCGUUCAAGUCUGGCUGAAGUGCAGAGUGAGAUAGAGCGCAUCUUUGAAUUGGCUCGAACAUUACAACUGGUUGCCUUGGAUGCAGACACCAUUAAUCAUCCAGCUCAACUCUCCAAGACCUCAUUAGCACCUAUUAUUGUCUACAUCAAGAUAUCUUCCCCAAAGGUGCUGCAAAGGUUGGUGAAAUCUAGAGGUAAAUCCCAGGCCAAGCACUUGAAUGUGCAAAUGGUGGCAUCAGACAAGUUGGCACAAUGUCCCCCAGAAAUGUUUGACAUCAUUCUGGAUGAAAACCAAUUGGAAGAUGCUUGUGAACACCUGUCUGAGUACCUAGAAGCCUACUGGAAGGCCACCCAUCCUCCUAGCAGUAAUCCACCCAAUCCAUUGCUAACCCGCACCAUGGCAACUGCUGCCUUGGCUGCGAGCCCUGCCCCUGUCUCCAACCUCCAGGGACCCUAUUUGGUGCAUGGGGAGGAGCCUCAUGACCCUGAGCAUCCUGGCCUCCACAGCUACACAGGGCAGCCAGUGGGGCAUGGCCAGAUCCGUUCAAUGGUGCCUCCUUCUCACUUGGCUGCCCGAGGCCUUUCCCGACAAGACACCUUUGAUUCAGAGAUGCCGGGCAGUCGUGAUUCUGCUUACACCGAUCCAACGGAUUCCUGCAUGGACAUUGAAACUGACCCUUAUGAGGAGCCGGAGCUUCCUUGCCUGAGUCACCGCCAAGGCGCCUGGGAGGCUGAAGAACCUGAGCCUCAUCACUUCCAGGGCCGCGGUCAUCGUCCCCUCCAGUGCCAAGGCUCCCUGGAAGCCAAGGAGCCUGACCGACAAAACCAUAAUCGGUCUCUGCGUGGGCGGGGCAAAGGGAGGGAACGCUACUGCCAGGAAGAGGAAGAGGUGGAGGUUCUAGGUCAUAACCAAAACAAUAUGGAAGACUGGGGGCGUGAUGCUUAUAUCCGUUAAGGCCUCAAGGGUGGGUUUUUAUCCACCUAGAAAGAAGCUUGUUUCCACUCAGACCUUUGGGGGUGGCAGCUGAGAGCCACUGAGGGCAGAGGCUGUUCCUAAAAGAUUGGCCUUCAGCCCUACAGGAAGAGCUUGAUGGCUGUAGUGUUUGCACCCCCAAAGCCACACCAUUAUUGACCAGGCCUGUAACUCAACAUCCUUCCUUGUCUGGGGACUCCCUCCAUCCCCCCUCUGCCAUUUGUGCCAACAACUUCUUUAACAUCCUCUCCCUGCCAGCAGCACUGCCUGGGCUUUCCCACAAGAUCAUGAAGAAUCACACUGUCCUUAAAUGCUUCUUUAUACUUCAGGGCUGGAAGGGUGGGGACAGAGUCUCUGAGGACAGGGAGAAGAUUGGUCUCCGCUGGUGCCUCAAAUUACCCCAAAUGCUGGGGGAAUGGCUGGAGUGGACAGUGACUAUAGACUGGAUCUUCUAAAGUCCUUUGUUCCUGUCUCCAGCCAAAGCCAAACAGCUUCUUGAGGAAGAUGGCUUCCUUUCCUCUUUCAAUUCAAACUGUCAUAGAUCUCUUCCUGCUAUCUUAUGGUGCUGCAACCAGCCCACCACUGUGGGGGAAAGGGAGAAAAAGAUAACUUUCAAUUUUUCUCCCAAGAUUUGUUCAUUGCCAGAUCUUUUCCAGUGCCUAGAAAAGAAUUACAACACAAAUCACCUUAAAUCAGCCUUCUCCAUUUUGGCAACCUCCAGGCCUGUUGCGAUAACUGCAUAAUUCCCAGCCAGCACAUCUGGAAGUUAUCAUGUUGGAGAAGGCUGCCUUAAAUGCUUCAGCCCUCCAGUGCCUCUGCUCAGGGCCCUUCUGUUCGUAUUUUGCAUGCUGAACAGAUUCUGAUCAUACAGAAUGCAUGCAUGUACGUGUGGUAUGUGCCAUGUGCCUGGCAGAGAGAAAGUCUUUGACAUCCCUGUAAAUUGUUGUCUGGCUCUUAGUACUGAUUUUGGAAAACUCUUUCUAGCAUGUGUGAUAGCCCGGCCUGAGGUAUUAGGCAGAUAAAAGGCAGGCCAGCUCUCUCACUCCCUAGAGCCCACAAGGAGGCAAUGCUAGCUUUCUCCUUUGCCUUUGUUGCAGGAAAUGCCUUCUUUUGUGGAAAGCCUGCCUGUUGACCCAUCCUGCUAUUGCUUCUUUCUUCCUGAGGAUUUUUUUUCCUUGUAGAACUUGGGAAACUAGCUUGUCUUCCUCUUCUGAUAAUGUGCUAGAUAAGUUUCAACAAACAUAGGCCUCCAUGAGAGAAAACAGAAAUAAGAGGAAUUGGGAUAGGUCAAGUUGGAGUCCUAAUCUGUUACUAUUAAUUACUCAUGUGCAGGUCCAGAAACAUACUGGAUCUAGGGGAAGUCCAGCGAUGAUCAUCAAGGCAAAACAUGUUAACUAUAUCCAUAGUGGGAAAUUUGUAGCUGCUUGCUCAUACCAUUAUCAGUUACGCUGUGAUAGACUCUCUCUUACCCAGACCAAUGUUUAAAGAAUGUAAAUUUUUGGGUCCAAACUACUUCCUGCCUCUAGUCCCCAGGAUCUUCCUUUAAAAGGAUUUUAACAGGUAAGAAUUGUGACUUCAUGGACAGAUCCAUGUGGUUUACUUGGCAACAAUAUAGAGGUAAUUUAUUAUUGUUGCCCUCUAAGUAGUUUUAAUCAACUUUGCUUAACUUUUCUUGAAAUCAGCUAGAUUCUGUACUUACUUACACUUAAAAGGAUUGAUCUUUACUAAGAUUUAUUAUCGUGGCAUGGAACUGUAAGUAACCAUUGUUAUUUCUAAAUAACACAGGGAUCUCAGGAGUUUCCCUUCCCUCCCCUAUAGAUAUUUCAGGCUUCUAUGUGAGCUUAGAAAAAAAAAGGCUCCACUGCUUUAAGUGUCAUGUUAAUUUUGAAUGAAUAGAUUCAUUAAGACUUGGAUGGAAGCCUGAAAAAAGGGAGACUGAUGUAUAGUGGAGAAGUGCUGUGCUUACUCUCUUGUGAGUACUGAAGCAUUUGCAUAUCAUUUCUGAAGACUACUCUGCCUUUGAUUAUAAAUUAUAUGCCCCAGGCUCUGUUAGAAUAGUGUUUGUAGAAAUAUUAAAGAAAGGAAGAUACCGGAAACUUGGUUGUAUUUGGAGGAAAAAAUAAUAAAAAAUGGGCUGACAUCAGAUCCUUGGAUUUGGGCAACCUUCUUCAAUAUGGUGCCAAAGGCUAAGGAUUCAGGGAGUCAUAGCUCAAGAUAGCUGAAAGUCUCCAAGUCAAAAAGGACUGGCAUCUUUCUUUGCUAAAGCUGGUAAGAUUUUGGCAUAUUCAACUAGUAGGAAAAAGGGAGGACAUUGUGGCAUAUAAAUCCAGCCUACCUUACUCUACCAAGAAAGUAUAAGGAAUUGAAAUGAAACAUAAGAAUAACUGUUAACCAGAAACAAAGGUUGGCAAAAUGAGGCACAUUUUUUUUAAUUUAUGACAUCUUGCAAUGAUUGGGGGUGGCUGAUCCUGAUAGGAUUUGACCUCAUGGUUAGUGGCAGAAUGAUUGAUUUUUGGUCCUUUUUGCUGUAGGGAAAAGGAAAGAAAAGAAAACAGAUAAUCUCCCCAGAAUUUUGCUAUUGGUUUGAUCCAGUUAUGUAAUUCUUCCCUACCUACGCUUAAAACUGAAGUUCUCUUUGGUUUAUUGGUAUCUGAUUCCUUAUUUUAAGCUGCUCCCUCUUAUUCCAGAGCUUUGCACACCCACAGCACUUUAAUGGAUAAUCUUUCUAUUAGACACCACCAUAUAUUGCUUUAAUUUUUCUGCUCUGAGAACUUCAACUUCAGCAGUCCCAGACUUCUUGUGUCGAAUUGAUUAAAUGACAUUAGAGAUAGGAAUAGGCUAUUUUGAUUCCUGUUAAAUCCAAAUUAGUUUUAGGUUUUCCCUUCUUGCCAUGCCUACAAAAUUCUGAAUAUGAAAGACAAUAGAAGAUCUAUUACUCUAUCUAUAUGUUCAAGUUUGUUCUGGGAUGGAUUUAAAUUUUUUCUGCUGCUUCAGUGGAGAUAAAAAGUUGCAGAUUCAUAAACUCUCUACCAACAAGUUAACUGUUUAGCUGAGUUUGUUUCUUUGCAAUAGACAAAAGGAUUACAAAUGGGAUUUGAACAAGAAGAAUAUAUCAAAUUAUUAGAUUAUUUUAAGAGAGUGUAUUUUAUAUUAUUUAUUGUACCUUGAGAUAAAAUUAUUUGGCCAAAUUUUUAAUGAAUGAUUUUACCAAAAGAUUUACAAACAGGAGUUUCUGGGGUGAAAAGGGGGUAGCUGUGGAGAUAUUUUUAAGAAUAUGAUAUUGAACUUUCAAAUAAUUAAGAUUGAUCAUCUUCAUCCCCAACCUAUUUGUACCUCUUGGUUUUAGACUCCUCUUUGGGUUGUUUUGUUGCUUAAUUUGAGUGGGGAGCAAAAGAGAAAGGUUAUUAUCAAUAGAAUAGAAAUUUUAUUUCA